AUGUCCAACAUGACCGACAUCAACAAGCAAGACGAGGCCACCCAGGGUGCCGAGACAAAGAGCUCCGCCCACAAUUCCCCUGUCAUAGAUAACAAGGACGGCUCUAGCGGUGUGGAUUGCACUGAGAUCGACUUCAUGAAGUUCCCGGGCGAAAUUCGCAACAAAAUCUACGACCUCGUCGUCUACGAGCGUCUGCACAUGGACCACCAGUACCUACUCAAGCCCAAAGGCCCCCUCCCAGUGCCUAUGACGGACGGACUUCUCGACCUACGCCUUGUUGGCCAUCAGUUCAGCGGCGAAAUCCUCGACCGGAUGUUCACGUGGGGUGCUACACUCAGACUCAACAUGAUACCCGUACUGCCCAAAGCACUCGACGUGCGCAUGGAGACGGAGAGUACCCGUAAGAACAUGCGCGCCACGUGUCCCACCGGUACCGCCAACGUCGCGGCCGACUUCGGGUUCAGGCUGCGUAGCUACCGUCCUCUGGGCCCGGUCCCCUCGGUGUGGUCAAACAUCCUGAAGAAUUUCCAGAUCCAACUACUCUUUCGGCGCUGCAGGCACUCGGAGAAGUGCACCGCGUGCAUCAACUUGAAUUUCCAUAAGGAGAAGUUGCACUUCGACAUCAUGCCUACGCUGAGGCUCCUUAUGGAACAUCAUGUCCAGUACUUCCCGAAUCUGCCCCUCCUGGACAUCCACAUCACACAGGAGCAGAAUUGGCUCUCUUUCGAAGGCAAGAAGCUGGUGGAGCGGGGGGUCGAGGAGGACUUCGUGGCGGUUAGCGAGGGGUCAAACGGCAACGCUUUGGAGUGGCAUUUGCGGACUCGGUACCACGGCACCAAGAUGAAGGUGCAGAUCCGCACCAUGGACAACGAGCUGCCGAGCUGGGUCGAAAUCUGA